AAUCAUUGGCAACGAACCGUAAGAGCUGGUGCUAUUAUUCUAUGUAACAUCCAUUCUCUCUCAAAUUUUUGCUAAACAGGACGUAGUGCCGUAUUUUCAAAGAUGAAAAUUAACUUAAGUCUGUCUUCGCGGGUGAUAAACACAGAGACGGUAAUUUGUUCGGGCACUCGAUGGAGCUCACGUGCCAAAAGCGAGCAGUAGAGAAGUUAGAAGGCAGGUGAAGGUAUCCGAAUUGGGACAUGCGCAUUGCGAUCUUUUUGUCUCUCUCGUCAAGACGUCUGUUUAUUGCUGUAAUUAGAGCUAAUGAAUGCGCAUCAACCUGUGGGGAGGGGCCGAACUACAAUAGGGCACCCGUGACUGUUGAUUGAAAAGAUUAGAUGCCCCUAAAUUAUAACUUAUUUUAUGCCCGAUUUGCAAUUUUCUUUACUGCCCAUAACGGAUCACCAAAAAUAUUACUUUAGAUCGGAUGUUAAUUUAAGAAAAUAAUAGUUGUUCGUUUAAACAUUUGAAUAGACAAAAGAAUGCCUCGUUGAAUUGAUUAUUUUCUAUUAGAAACUUCACCACAAGACCUGAUGCCAUGAAUAGCUGUUUCCACAGAAAUCGCAGUCAUUUCAGACGAUUGGAUUUCUUUUUCUCUGAGCGGCCAAUGAUAAAAGAUAUUGCAUCGUUUCAAUCAAUACCAAAUUAGCGAAAGGCGGAGCUUUGCGGAAAAAGUCAACUCGCGGAAUUGUAAUCGCACAAAUAUUUGUCUUGGCUCAUUAUGCAAACAUAUUUGUAAUUGAGAAAUGGGCAAUAGAGAUUUUGUUUGAUUGUGAAAAAGCUGCUAAUAUUGCUGAAAGAAUUGCUGUGCUAAUAGGAAUGAGUGUGGAACAAUUUCGAUGUCUGUUUUAGAUAGUUUUGUCCAGAAGUGAUUUAGAUGAUACAGAGUGAUUUUUUUAUCGAAACAUUCAGGAAAAGAAUAGAAACUGUGAAAAUAUGCUUCUCAAUCAUGAUUAAUUGGAUAAAUUUGAUAUAAAUGAAACUGCAAAGGUUAAUGUUCCAUUGAAAACAGUAGUCUUUUGGCAUUUAGAACCAUAGGAAAACAAGAAAGAAAAGUGUUUCUAUUUGGUCAAAAAAUUUGAUCUAAUUGUUUAGUUUAAAUUUAGAAAAAAAAUCAAAUAAUUUGUUGUUUUUUUUAACAAGUUAUUUAAACUGUAUGAUUCAAAAUGUCGGAGGAAGCCACUUCUAAAGAAACGUCUCCUAGUACGCCUAAAAGAGAAGACAAGCCGGCGACAAAAUCUUUUUCUAUAAACAGUAUUUUAGCACGGGUAGAAAAAGAGAAAGAGAAAGAAAAAAGUGUUUUUGAUAAUGGCGAUAAGACAUCUGAAGAUGACGGUAGUAAGACAGAUGAGGAUGUGCCGGCUGUUGUGUCGAAAAUAGACUUUCCAAUGUUCCCGACGGCAUUGCCGAAAGGUUUCCCAGGGUUCCAGCGUUCCGGCGACGGCGGACUCUUGCCGUUAGGACAUCUGCCGGCAUGGUACCAUUGGUAUGCCAGUCAACAAAAUUUACAGUCGUGGCAACAAAAUCACCGUAAAUCUUGGAAUACGGACUCGGUUCACAGUUUACAGUCACCGGAUUCAGACGACGAUGAUGUUAUUGUUGACAGUGCCCAAACAAAAACCGGAAGUGAUCGUGAAACAUCUAAUCACUCACCCAUUGUCAUGGAGACAGAAGAAUCUGACGUACUUUCUAAAUCGUUAAAUAACGAUGACCACUGUUCAGAUUCUGGGGACGAUGAAAAGAAAAAUAGACGUAAAAAGAAAACUAGGACAGUUUUCUCAAGAAGUCAAGUGUUUCAGCUUGAAUCUACAUUUGAUAUGAAAAGAUAUUUGUCAAGUUCGGAACGAGCUGGCCUUGCAGCUUCGUUACAACUUACAGAAACUCAAGUAAAAAUCUGGUUUCAAAACCGCCGAAACAAAUGGAAACGCCAGCUGGCUGCAGAACUUGAAGCGGCCAAUAUGGCGCACACUGCUGCGCACCGGAUGGUGCGCGUGCCAAUAUUAUAUCAUGACACCGCUUCCGGCCAUGGGAGCGGAAGUGACAGCAGAUCUGUGAGAUUGGGGGCGUCUUUGUUUCGAGAUCCUCUGUUUCUAUCAAACAAUUAUUCACAGAUAUGUAGAUGAACAUAAAUAUUCAUUUCUGAACGACAAUCAAAAGACAAAAUGUUGUACAUAUUUAUUUUAGAUGAUGCCAAUUAUCUGGUCAUUUGUUGUGAAUAUAAAAGAUGUUUACCGGAAUGUAUUUUCUAUUUAUACUGUAUCUUUUACUUAAAUACAUAACGGCUCAUGUUACAUAACAGGUCAUCAGUAGGUCAGUAAAAAACAUGUCAACAACAACAAAACAAACAAGAAAAUUCUAAGUAAAAAUUGGAAGAUAUUAUAUAUAUAUAGUUAAU